UUAAAGGUGAUUUCCAGUGUCAGUGAGAUCUAUCAGAACAUCAUUCCCUGAAGGAGGUGAGACAAUAUUAGGAACACUCUACACUGAAACAGGUUUCUGUUGUCAGUGAUGUCAUAUCAGGCAGAAUCAAUGACGUCUCAGCCUCAAAUGACUGUGACCAGUUACACAGUUUCUCACUGGAGCUCUGACGUCUGUGACUGCUGUGAUGACUGCGGCAUCUGUCUGUGUGGGGCAUUUAUUCCUUGCAUCUUGGGUUGUAAGGUGGCACAGGAUAAUGGCGACAGCUGCUGUUUGCCUUUCCUACCUGGAGCUAUGGUUGCACUGAGGACCAGCAUCCGUGACCGAUAUCAUAUUAAUGGGUCUGUCUGUGAUGACUGGGUGAUCAUGACCUGCUGCUCUUUCUGUGGACUCUGUCAGCUGGCCCGAGAACAGAAGGCCAGAGGCUAAUUCGGAAAUGAAGGAAUUGGAAUCAAUGAUUUAAAAAAAACAUUUAACAUGAUUUGCUUUUUUCAUAACUGUAUUGAAAUAACCUAUUUCUGUAUUGAAAUAACCCUUCAACUAUACAAUAUUGGAUUCGAUUUUAUUGCACCUUGCAUUACAUUUUAUACAAUAAACCAAUCCCUUAUUCAUUUUUUACAUCAAUCCGUCUACCUCAAUUUAGGCCAAAAUUAUUAUAAUAAAAUUCAAAUAAUUGUUAGUAUAAAAAUAUGUAUUUACAGAGAUUUCUCUGCAUGACAAAUAAAAACAACGCGCCUAGGCUACACUG